AUUCAAUUCUGGCUGUUGCAGGGGGAGGCCGCGGAGAGAGCUGAUUGAUCGGGAAGAAGAAGAAGAACAUCGCAAUUCACUUGCUCCUGCGGCGGCUGUACUAGGGUAGCCGAGAACCCGCCCAUACCCAUGGCAUCCUCCUCGGGGGGCGGCGGAGGCCGUAGGAUGACCCCCGGAGGAGACUCCUCUGCCUCCGCCGGCGGCAGGAGGAUCUACCGCACCCAGACCGCCGGCAACCUCGGCGACUCCAUAUUCGACAGCGAGGUCGUCCCGUCGUCGCUUGUCGACAUCGCCCCCAUCCUGCGUGUGGCCAACGAGGUGGAGGCCAGCAACCCGCGAGUAGCCUACCUCUGCCGCUUCUACGCCUUCGAGAAGGCGCAUCGCCUCGACCCCACCUCCAGCGGCCGUGGUGUCCGCCAGUUCAAAACUGCGCUGUUGCAGAGGCUCGAGAGGGAGAACGAUCCCACGCUCAAGGGCAGGGUCAAGCAGAGUGACGCCAGAGAAAUGCAGAGCUUCUACCAGCUCUACUACAAGAAGUACAUUCAGGCGCUUCAAAAAGUUGCUGAUAAAGCCGACAGGGCUCAGCUCACCAAAGCCUAUCAAACUGCAGCCGUGCUCUUCGAGGUCCUCAGAGCCGUCAAUGUCUCCCAGAAAAUCGAAGUCGAUAAGUCGAUUCUGGAGACGCACAACCAGGUCGAGGAAAAGAAGAAGCUAUACCUUCCUUACAAUAUCCUCCCGCUUGAUCCUGACAGUGCCAACCAGCCUAUCAUGCUCUAUCCUGAGAUCCAAGCUGCUUUCCAUGCUCUUCGUAACACUAGAGGUCUGCCAUGGCCCAAGGAACACGAAAAGAAGCGUGAUGCAGAUCUUCUUGCCUGGCUUCAGGCCAUGUUUGGAUUCCAGAAAGAUAACGUAUCCAACCAAAGGGAGCAUCUCAUACUCUUGCUUGCCAACGUGCACAUAAGACAGAUUCCCAAAUCUGACCAACAACCAAAGUUGGAUGACCGAGCACUGGAUACAGUAAUGAAGAAGCUAUUUAAGAAUUACAAGAGGUGGUGCAAGUAUCUUGGUCGCAAAAGCAGCUUAUGGUUGCCGACUAUCCAACAGGAGGUGCAACAACGCAAACUUCUCUAUAUGGGUCUUUAUCUGCUCAUAUGGGGCGAGGCAGCUAACCUGAGAUUCAUGCCAGAAUGUCUUUGCUACAUCUAUCAUCAUGUAAUGGCCUUUGAACUCUAUGGUAUGUUGGCUGGAAAUGUGAGCCCGACGACUGGUGAAAAUGUUAAACCAGCUUAUGGUGGAGAAGAAGAAGCCUUCUUGAAAAGAGUUGUGACUCCAAUCUACAAAGUUAUAGAGAAGGAAGUAGAGAGGAGCAAGACCAUGAAAUCAAAGCACUCACACUGGAGAAACUACGAUGAUCUUAAUGAGUACUUUUGGUCAAGAGAUUGCUUCCGAUUGGGAUGGCCUAUGCGAUCUGAUGCAGAUUUUUUCAAGACUCCAAAUGUUCCUCUUCACCAUGUGGAUGGAGAGGACAGGACUGUGGGUAAUGGCAAUUGGAUGGGAAAAGUCAACUUUGUUGAAAUACGGUCAUUUUGGCACAUCUUCCGCAGCUUUGAUAGGAUGUGGAGCUUCUUAAUUUUAUCUUUACAGGCUAUGGUUAUAAUUGCUUGGAAUGGUGGCACACCAAGUGAUAUUUUUGAUAGAGGAGUAUUCAAACAGGUUUUGAGCAUAUUUAUAACUGCGGCUAUACUGAAACUGGGUCAAGCAAUCUUGGAUAUCAUCUUGAGCUGGAAAGCAAGAAGAAACAUGUCUCUUGUUGUUAAGCUACGAUACAUCUUGAAGUUACUAUCAGCUGCUUCUUGGGUUGUGAUUUUGCCUGUAACUUAUGCAUACACUUGGAAGAAUCCAACUGGUCUUGCAAGAGCAAUUAAAAGUUGGCUUGGUGAUGGUCAGAAUCAGCCAUCAUUAUACAUUUUGGCAGUUGUGAUUUAUUUGGCACCAAACUUGCUGUCCGCUACACUAUUUCUUUUCCCUGUAAUUAGGAGAGCUCUUGAGAGAUCAAAUCUUAAAGUCGUAACAUUCAUAAUGUGGUGGUCGCAGCCUCGCUUAUUUGUUGGAAGAGGAAUGCAUGAGGGCGCAUUCUCCCUUUUCAAGUAUACAAUGUUCUGGGUCUUGCUUUUGGCCACUAAAUUGGUUGUGAGCUUCUAUGUGGAGAUCAAACCACUUGUGCAGCCAACAAAAGAUAUAAUGAAGGAGCCAAUACGAACAUUUAAGUGGCAUGAGUUUUUCCCCCAUGCAAAUAACAACAUUGGUGUUGUCAUUGCGCUUUGGGCUCCUAUUAUUCUUGUCUAUUUCAUGGAUACUCAAAUUUGGUAUGCAAUUUUCUCAACGCUAAUUGGUGGUGUCUAUGGGGCUUGUCGCCGUCUUGGUGAGAUAAGGACAUUGGGGAUGUUGAGAUCUCGGUUCGAAUCCCUGCCUAAGGCUUUCAAUCAAUGCUUGAUUCCAUCUGACACAAGCAAAAGGAGAGGAUUCCGGGCUGCUUUCUCCAAACCUUCUAAGACAUCUGAGGAUACCAGAGAACAAGAAAAAAUAGCCGCAAGAUUUGCUCAGAUUUGGAAUUUAAUUAUCACAAGCUUCCGUGAGGAAGAUUUGAUAGACGACAGAGAGAAGGACUUGUUACUUGUUCCAUACUGCAAAGAUCGUGAUAUGGAUAUAAUCCAAUGGCCACCAUUCCUGCUUGCCAGCAAGAUUCCAAUAGCAUUGGAUAUGGCCGCAGAUAGUGGUGGAAAAGAUCGUGAUCUAAAGAAGAGGAUGAAAUCGGAUCCAUAUUUUACUUAUGCUAUCAAGGAAUGCUAUGCUUCUUUCAAAAACAUCAUAUAUGAACUAGUGAUCGAUUCACGAGAGAGAGGUUACAUACAAAAGAUCUUCGAUGCGGUGGAUGAGCACAUAGCAGAAGAGACUUUGAUAAAGGAGCUGAACAUGAGUAACCUUCCUACCCUAAGCAAGAAGUUCAUUGAGCUGCUUGACUUACUGGAAAGUAACAACAAAGAAGAUCAUGAUCAGAUCAUCAUAUUGUUCCAAGACAUGCUUGAAGUGGUUACAAGGGACAUAAUGGUUGACCAGCUCAGCGAACUACUGGAAUUGAUACAUGGUGCAAAUAAUAAAAGAUCUGAAGGAAUGACAUCACUUGACCAACAAGAUCAGUUGUUCACGAAAGCUAUUGAUUUUCCUGUAAAGAAAACCCAAGCAUGGAAUGAAAAGAUAAAAAGGCUUCGACUUUUACUCACGGUGAAGGAAUCGGCUAUGGAUGUCCCUACAAACCUGGAUGCUAGGAGGAGGAUAUCUUUCUUUGCUAAUUCUCUUUUUAUGUCGAUGCCAGAUGCUCCAAAAGUGCGGCAAAUGUUGCCCUUCUCUGUCUUGACUCCUUAUUAUAAAGAAGAUGUUCUUUUCUCUUCACAAGCACUAGCAGAACAGAAUGAGGACGGAGUUUCCAUCCUUUUUUAUUUGCAAAAAAUCUACCCAGAUGAAUGGAAAAAUUUUCUUGAAAGGGUGCAUUGUGAGAGUGAAGAUCAACUCCACGAGACUGAGCAUUCUGAAGAGCAGCUUCGCCUUUGGGCAUCAUACCGGGGACAAACUUUGACAAGAACUGUAAGAGGGAUGAUGUACUACAGACAAGCUUUAGUCCUUCAGGCUUCCCUUGAUAUGGCCAGAGAUGAUGACCUUAUGGAGGGUUUUAGAGCAGCUGACCUGUUAUCUGAAUCUGAUGAAUCACCACUAUUGACUCAAUGCAAAGCUAUAGCUGAUAUGAAAUUCACAUAUGUUGUAUCAUGCCAGCAAUACGGUAUUCAGAAACGUUCUGGUGAUCCACAUGCACAGGAUAUUCUGAGAUUGAUGACCACUUAUCCUUCACUUAGGGUUGCGUACAUCGAUGAAGUCGAAGAGCCUAGCAAAGACAAAAAUAAGAAAAUAGAGAAGGUUUACUACUCCGCAUUGGUGAAGGCAGCAGUAACGAAGCCUGAUGAUCCUGGCCAGAAACUUGAUCAGGAUAUAUAUAGGAUAAAGCUUCCAGGAAAUGCAAUGCUAGGUGAAGGAAAACCAGAGAACCAGAACCAUGCCAUAAUUUUCACACGAGGUGAAGGUCUCCAAACCAUCGACAUGAAUCAGGAACAUUAUAUGGAGGAGACUUUGAAAAUGAGGAAUUUGUUGCAAGAGUUUCUGAAGAAACAUGAUGGUGUGAGAUAUCCAUCAAUACUUGGUGUAAGAGAACACAUCUUCACCGGAAGCGUGUCUUCUCUUGCAUGGUUCAUGUCAAACCAAGAAACAAGUUUUGUGACCAUUGGACAACGUGUACUUGCCAAUCCUUUGAGAGUUCGAUUUCAUUAUGGGCAUCCUGAUAUCUUUGAUCGACUUUUCCACCUCACACGUGGAGGUGUAAGCAAAGCUUCUAAGAUUAUCAAUCUUAGUGAAGACAUAUUUGCUGGAUUUAAUUCAACACUGCGUGAAGGAAAUGUUACACAUCAUGAAUACAUGCAAGUUGGCAAGGGCAGAGAUGUUGGUCUCAACCAGAUCUCACUAUUUGAAGCAAAAAUAGCAAAUGGUAAUGGUGAACAGACGCUGAGCCGUGACGUGUACCGUCUUGGACAUCGUUUUGACUUUUUCAGAAUGUUGUCCUGCUACUAUACUACUAUUGGUUUUUACUUCAGCACAAUGAUAACAGUUUGGACCGUUUAUGUAUUCCUCUACGGGCGCCUGUAUCUUGUCCUAAGUGGCCUUGAUGAAGCAUUAGCCACUGGAAAGAGGUUUAUACACAACGAGCCUCUCCAGGUUGCUCUAGCUUCACAGUCUUUUGUGCAGCUUGGGUUCUUGAUGGCGCUGCCUAUGAUGAUGGAAAUUGGUCUAGAGAGAGGAUUCAGAACUGCAUUGAGUGACUUUGUACUUAUGCAGCUCCAGUUAGCAUCUGUGUUCUUCACAUUCUCUCUUGGGACCAAAACUCACUACUACGGAACCACACUGCUACAUGGAGGAGCUGAAUAUAGAGCUACAGGGCGUGGAUUUGUGGUGUUCCAUGCCAAGUUUGCUGAGAAUUAUCGAUUGUAUUCGCGAAGCCAUUUUGUGAAGGGCAUUGAACUGAUGAUUUUGCUUAUUGUGUAUGAAAUAUUUGGGCAGUCAUACCGAGGAGCUAUUGCGUACAUUUUCAUCACAUUUUCCAUGUGGUUUAUGGUUGUCACCUGGCUCUUUGCCCCAUUCCUGUUUAAUCCUUCUGGGUUCGAGUGGCAGAAAAUUGUGGAUGACUGGACUGACUGGAAUAAGUGGAUCAGUAACCGUGGAGGUAUUGGGGUGCCGCCAGAGAAAAGUUGGGAGUCAUGGUGGGAAAAAGAGCAGGAGCCUCUUAGGCAUUCUGGAAAGCGUGGCACUGUUCUUGAAAUAGUGCUUUCGUUGCGCUUCUUUAUUUACCAGUAUGGUCUUGUUUAUCAUUUGAACAUCACCACUCACACGAAGAGCGUUCUGGUUUAUUGCAUCUCGUGGGUCAUAAUCUUUGUCAUUUUGCUCGUGAUGAAGACUGUAUCAGUUGGCAGGAGGAAAUUCAGUGCAGAGUUCCAGCUUGUGUUCCGGCUGAUCAAGGGGCUGAUAUUCAUAACGUUUAUCUCUAUUAUCAUAAUCUUGAUAGCAAUCCCACACAUGACAGUUCAGGACAUCUUUGUUUGCAUCCUUGCGUUCAUGCCAACUGGAUGGGGUUUGCUUCUGAUAGCACAAACUAUGAGGUCAGCUAUUUCACAUAUGGGGCUAUGGGGAUCGGUCAAGGCGCUUGCCCGAGGCUAUGAGAUCAUCAUGGGCUUGCUGUUGUUCACCCCGAUCGCAUUCCUCGCUUGGUUCCCGUUUGUUUCGGAGUUCCAGACAAGGAUGCUGUUCAACCAGGCCUUCAGUAGAGGUCUGCAGAUUUCUCGUAUCCUAGGCGGACACAAGAAAGACCGGGCUGCACGGAACAAGGAGUGAGUAGCCGAGCAGCGUGAGCCUGGUAGUGCUGACCUACAUACAAUUCAACCAUGCCCCACGUGGCAUUAUACUUGUACUGGUUAUUAUGCCAGGUUGUAUAUUGCAAGGAAAGGAAUUCAUCUCUGCUAACGUGCCAGAUUGUAUGUGUGGCAGCAGGUACUCGAUCGGUGAGCACUCCUAUAGCUUUUUUAUUAUUAUUUAUGGGUAAAGUCAAAGAAACUAA